CCAGAAAUACUUCCUAUAAACAGCAAGUACGCUGCUCAACCCUGCCUGAACUUUCCUGUAAACAGCCACUGACAGACUGCAUCCCUGCUGGGUGGAUCCUGCGACUCCUAGAGGGAAUGGCACUUCUUGCUUUUAAUUAGCAAGGUGAAAGGUGAAUUAAAACUAGCAAUUUGGCAAGUCAGUGCAAGAGGCUGACUUCUGAGAGGCUUUCAGGAGCCCGAAGAGAGGAGCUCCACGGGAGGAGGGAGUGCGUGUGCUCGGGCUUAUUUUUUUUUUUUUCCUGAAUGAACAGCUUUGCCUAAGUGACUGAAAAACAGCUUCUUCCUGAAUCUACCGGCUUAGUUGCUGAAGAGAGCUCUAGACAGGACAUGGCUCUGAAGACUCACUCUUUGGAAUGUCCUCUUGCUCCCGGCUUAUAAACAACUGUCCUGAGGAAAGAAAGGUUUUACAUAACCAAAUACAGCCUGACAAAUGGCACUUCGGAACUGUGCGUUUUGAUGACAACGCGUUCGAUUUCUGACAAAGCCUCUCGCACGCUGCCCCUGGAGGGAAGUCCUAAGUAAAACUCAGACCCUCCUUAAAGUGAGGAGCGAGGGCUUGAACGGUGAACACGGCAGCAUGGCAUCCGCGGGGCACAUUAUCACCUUGCUCCUGUGGGGUUACUUACUGGAGCUUUGGACAGGAGGUCACACAGCUGAUACUACCCACCCCCGGUUACGCCUGUCACAUAAAGAGCUCUUGAAUCUGAACAGAACAGCAAUAUUUCAUAGCCCUUUUGGAUUUCUUGAUCUCCAUACAAUGCUGCUGGAUGAAUAUCAAGAGCGACUCUUCGUGGGAGGCAAGGACCUUGUGUAUUCCCUCAGCUUGGAGAGAAUCAGUGACGGCUAUAAAGAGAUACACUGGCCUAAUACAGCUCUAAAAAUAGAAGAAUGCAUGAUGAAAGGAAAAGAUGUGGGUGAAUGUGCAAAUUAUGUUCGGGUUUUGCAUCACUAUAAUAAGACACACCUUCUGACCUGUAGUACUGGAGGUUUUGAGCCACUUUGUGCCUUUAUCAGAGUUGGAUAUCAUUUGGAGGAUCCUCUGUUUCACCUGGAAUCAACUAUAUCUGAGAGAGGAAGAGGCAAAUGUCCUUAUGACUCCAGCUCCUCCUUUGUCUCCACUUUAAUUGGUACUGAAUUGUUUACUGGACUCUACAGUGACUACUGGAUCAGAGAUGCUUCGAUCUUCCGUAGCAUGGGACGACUGUCCCAUAUCCGCACUGAGCAUGAUGAUGAGCGUCUAUUGAAUGAACCAAAAUUUGUAGGUUCAUACAUGAUUCCUGACAAUGAAGACAGAGAUGACAACAAAGUAUAUUUCUUUUUUACUGAAAAGGCACUGGAGGCAGAAGACAAUGCCCACACAAUUUACGCCAGGGUGGGGCGGCUCUGUGUGAAUGAUAUAGGAGGGCAGAGAAUACUGGUGAAUAAGUGGAGCACUUUCCUAAAAGCCAGACUGGUUUGCUCAGUACCGGGAACAAAUAGAAUUGACACAUAUUUUGAUGAAUUAGAGGACAUUUUCUUGCUACCUACCAGAGAUCAUAAGAAUCCAGUGAUAUUUGGACUCUUUAACACUACCAGUAAUGUUUUUCGAGGGCAUGCUAUAUGUGUCUAUCAUAUGUCUAGCAUUCGGGCAGUCUUCAACGGACCCUACGCACAUAAGGAAGGACCUGAAUACCACUGGUCAGUCUAUGAAGGAAAAGUCCCUUAUCCAAGGCCUGGUUCUUGUGCCAGCACAGUAAAUGGAGGGGGAUACAGAACCACCAGGGACUAUCCUGAUGAUACCAUCCGAUUUGCAAGAAAUCAUCCACUAAUGUACCAUGCCAUAAAACCUGCCCAUAAAAAACCAAUCUUGGUAAAAACAGAUGGAAAAUAUAAUCUGAAACAAAUAGCAGUGGAUCGAGUGGAAGCUGAAGAUGGCCAAUAUGAUGUCUUGUUUAUUGGGACAGAUAAUGGAAUUGUGCUGAAAGUAAUCACAAUUUACAACCAGGAAAUGGAAUCAAUGGAAGAAGUAAUUCUAGAAGAACUUCAGAUAUUCAAGGAUCCCGUUCCUAUUAUUUCUAUGGAGAUUUCUUCGAAGCGACAACAGCUAUAUAUUGGAUCUGCUUCUGCUGUGGCUCAAGUCAGAUUCCAUCACUGUGACAUGUAUGGAAGUGCUUGUGCUGACUGCUGCCUGGCUCGAGACCCUUACUGUGCCUGGGAUGGCAUAUCCUGCUCCCGGUAUUACCCAACAAGUACACAUGCAAAAAGGCGUUUCCGUAGACAAGAUGUUCGGCAUGGAAAUGCAGCUCAGCAGUGCUUUGGACAACAGUUUGUUGGGGAUGCUUUGGAUAAGACUGAAGAACAUCUGGCUUAUGGCAUAGAGAACAACAGUUCUUUGCUGGAAUGUACCCCACGAUCUUUACAAGCAAAAGUUAUCUGGUUUGUACAGAAAGGACAGGAGACCGGAAAAGAGGAGGUGAAGACCGAUGACAGAGUGAUUAAGAUGGACCUUGGCUUACUCUUCCUAAGGUUACAAAAAUCAGAUGCUGGAACCUAUUUUUGCCAGACAGUAGAGCAUAGCUUUGUCCAUACUGCCCGUAAAAUCACCUUAGAGGUAGUGGAAGAGGAGAAAGUGGAGGACAUGUUUCACAAGGACGAUGAGGACAAGCCUCGCAGGAUGCCUUGUCCCGCCCAGAGUAGCGCCUCGCAGGGAGCAAAACCGUGGUACAAAGAAUUCUUGCAACUGAUCGGUUAUAGCAACUUCCAGAGAGUGGAAGAAUAUUGUGAGAAAGUAUGGUGCACAGAUAGGAAGAGGAAAAAGCUUAAAAUGUCACCCUCCAAGUGGAAGUAUGCCAACCCGCAGGAAAAGAAGCUCCGUUCUAAACCCGAGCGCUACCGCCUGCCCAGGCACACGCUGGACUCUUGAUGGGAAGGAGAAAAACCAUGCUCUCUAGCAACACUGAGCAAAAUCAUAACCACUCAUCCUAAUUUCUAAGGGUCAGUCUACUGCUUCCUUAGGCCUCUUCUAUGUUAUUCUUUGUUAUGGGAGAGGACCUGUGGAUAGAAUGAAUUUUGACAUAAAACAAUGCCCAUUCACCUCCUCCAUCACAAUACCACCCAUUGAGCAAGAGAUCGAGAUUUGUUAACAAGAAAGAUUUUGCUUCGUGAUUUGUAAAGUCUCUUCUAUGUCUCUAAUUCUACAUUGCCAAUUUUUUUUUCUUUUGUGUGAAUUACUGAAUAUUUCAGUGCAAAGCUAUCAACUUGGAGAAACAGGGAUAAAAGAUAAACACUAAUAAAAGCUCUAGAAAAAAGGGAACAAAGUCUUUGCCUGUUUAGUAAGUGGCAAUUCCAUAUAUAUUUUAGAGUUUUUUUCUUUCUAAAAUUAGUUAAAUACUUAGAAUAUUUGUAAUGAGUGUUCAAUAUUUGCUAUAGGGUUUAGGGUUUUGUAAAUCUUCGUAGUAAUUAUGAACAUUUGUAAAAUUUGUAAAAUACAAUAAAUCGCUUUGAAUGUUGGUGUUAAGCAUGAAACAAACACAGCAGCUGUUGUCCUUAAAAAUGAAUUGACCUGUGACAUCUGUAGCCUAAUAAAUAUAUUAAGAAAAGUAGUUAGUAUUGUAUAGAUAUUUGAGAUCCCAGGAGAAAAUGCUACACGUAUAAUAAGAAGUUCAUGUUCUUUUUCUUACAGCAGAGCAUCACACUGAGUUCCAUUUUAAAGAAGGAUUCAUUUUUCAGGCCAACAACUGUUGCAUUUGAACCAGAUAUAAAUCAUAGAUUUUCCACAAACGCUCAAUUGAUUGUAGCAGUGUUAUUUAAGCUGGUAUGUUUAUUUUAUUUUACUUUCUUGGAUAGCUUUAUGUUUUGGCUUUUAUUAUAAAUUGAUUGUGCUCUGCUUGUGUUUAAAUGGCUUAGUUAUAAGCUAGAGCACUAUAUUGGGGUGUUCUUUUCUGUAUGGUAUCCUUUUAUUUGCUUGGCUGGGUUCAUAAUAGUGUGUGCCAUAUUCUUUCUUUUCACUGAUUAUAAGCCAUGAGACUUAUUAUCAUCUAGUGGCAAGCUGCAGGGAUCAUUAACAGUGUGUCUCUGACUAUAACUUGGAUCUGCCACUAUGCACUGUGUAAUUUGUCUGUACCACUAUGUACAAUCUCUAUUUGGUUCAACUUAGAUGAAAAAGAAAUAAAUAUUUGCUAAACUCUCAA